ACGUUGAGAGAUGAGUUGGACAUUAUGAAAGAAAAGGUAGGUCAUCAACUCAUCAAAUAACACAAGGCCCUCCUUUAUGUUCACCUAAUGAAAACCCUUACACAUUAUGCAUAAGCUCAACAUGAUAGGAAUUGAAAUGUCCUUCCCUUUUCUGCAGGCGGCCAAGGUGGACCUGUUCGAAAAAGAAAUCCUCAAGUACAAAGAGCGACUCAACGAGUUGGAGUUUUACAAAGCAAGGACAGCUGUAAGCCACAAAACAAAACGAAAAAUGUUUUUCACAUUCAUUUUCUUGUUAUAUGUCAAAGUGUUUGUUAGAAACUUAAAACUUAACCCAACUGUUCAAAACUUAACCCAACUGUUCAAAACUUAACCCAACUGUUCAAAACUUAACCCAACUGUUCAAAACUUAACCCAACUGUUCAAAACUUAACCCAACUGUUCAAAACUUAACCCAACUGUUCAAUUCAACUAUCAAUUCUAACUUAACUGAGAAUGUUUGCAACAACAAAAAAAUCAGUGGGUGUAAAUUUCAUUUGUUUGUUUUGUGUAAACUCUUGCCAAUCUUGUCCAGUUUUUUUAAUAUUAUUUAGGAAAAAUUCUUUUCAAAUUGAAAUUUAAAAAAAUUUGCUAAAAAUGUUCUUUGAUGGCUGGGCAGUAGAAUUUGAAUCUGGUUGAAGUUUUUUUAUCGUGAAAAUUAAAUACUGUCAAAGAUUCUGUUAAUUUUUAAAUAAUAUAAAUAAUAGCAUUCCACAAAUUAAAUAGCCACCGAAACUACUGGUUCUAACUCUGUAGACCUGCUCUCAACAUUGUAUGCAUGUGUUAGCUGUGUAUCAUCGUAUGCAUCUGUUAGCUGUGUAUCAUCGUAUGCAUCUGUUAGCUGUGUAUCAUUGUAUGCAUCUGUUAGCUGUGUAUCAGUAAAGAUAAUCUGUUCUGUCCACUCUCCCAGGAGUUGAAAGAAGAUAACUCUAUAUUGGAAGAGACCAAAGCCAUGUUGGAAGACCAGUUGACCAACAGUCGUAAAAGGAUAGAAACGGUGGUGGAACUAGAGACAGAGCUGGCAAGAAACAGGGCUCAGCUGGACACAGUCACCAGAGUGCGUUGAUGAGUGACAAACUUCUGAUCAAAACUGGAUUGGACUUAGAUGAAUUUUCAAUUAUAGACAAGUUUAUUUAUCCAAUACUAAUAGCGGCGAAAUGUCAGUUACUGACCAAAAAAAACUUGUUAUUAAUAUUAAAAUAUCUGUAAUAAGGGUUAUGAAGGUAAUGCAUUGAGAUGAUUUCCAUUUCUCUCAUGACACAGAUAUUUUUUCUUCAAAAUGGAAAAAUGCAGUUUUAAAAAAAGUACAGAUCUUGUUUAUAUUUGUGCUUGAAAAUUUUACAACAAUGUUUUUUGAAUGAUUCUACAACCCACCGCCCAUUUUUUCCUCCACAGACUCACGAUUCAGAUCUUGAGAAGAUUGAGUACUUGACAGAGCUGAAUGCUAGGCUUGAGUUUGAGAAGAAAUCCAGUAUGUGUGAAAGUGCAAGCCUGGAGACAGAACUCUCAGCUGCCAGAUCCCGAAUCGGUAGUAAGUCAUUAUGUCUGCAUCGUUUUUUUUCUUAAUUCCUAGUGGUAAUUGACAACAGAAUCGGUAGUGAUUCAUUAAAUUUUUAUGUUUUUUUAGUUCCUAUUGGUAACUGAUUUUUUUUUUUUAAAUACGUUUUAUUGUAAAAUUUAAAGUUACCUAAUUUUGAAAUGAAUAAUAAAAAUAUUUGUGGAAUUUUUUAUUUUUUGCCGAAUGGUCAUCUUUUUCUUCUUCCUUUUCUGUGUUUUUUCAUCAUUGAAAACAAAAAGAUAUGGCCUCCUCACUGUCUGACCAGCUGUCUGAGACUUCACAUGCCAAAAUCUUGAGGCUUGAACUGGAGAACCAACGCCUGUCAGCCAAACUGGCAGAGAUGAAAGAGACGGCCCUGAUUCAGAGUGCUGAGAUGAGUCUGGAAAUGGAAAAGGAAAACAAACGACUUUCAAACAAAGUAAAAAUGUCCCCCAUACUUUCCUUUCCUUUCUUUUUGUUUGAAAUUUUAUUGCUCUCCCUUACUUUUAUUCCUGAGCUUCAGGGUCAAAGUCAAAAUUCAUUUAAUAAAUUAUUCUGCCAAGUUUUAAGUCAGACUGUAAGUCUUGUACCGUUUUCUUUUAUCCACUUUAAAAACUGCUCAUGUGGUUGUUGUUUUUUUUUUUUAAUGCAGAUAGAGAAACUUCAGACCAGCAUGAUAGAAUCAUCAGAGCGCGUCAUCAAGAUGGAGAACGACCUGACUGCCUCCAAGGAUGAGAGAGAAAAGCUGCUCAAGGUGCUGGAGACUGUCAAGGAGAACUGUGAGAGACAAGUGAGAGAGCUGGAGAGAGAGAAUGAGCAGCUGUCCCAGGCCUUGUGUAAAUUACAGGAGAGGAGUGAGCAGACAAGUGAUGUCAAGGUGUGUUGUCUCCAAUGUAGUUAUCUCCAAAUUUUGUUUUCAUCAACUCUUUGAGUGCAUUAAUAACUAUUUGUUAUAUUUCCUGUGUUAUUAAUUUCUAUUGCUUCCCCCUUGCAGUUAUAUUGUUAUUGAUUAGUAAAAGCUUUACAUCAAAUAUAAUAAUUGAUUGACUGCAUUCAACAAAAGGAAAUCUCUAAAUACUUUUUUAACUGUGAUCCGAUACUUGUUAAACUUCUUUUUGUCUUGUUUUCUGAUGAAGGCUCUAAGCGGAAACGUCAAAAUCUUUUGUCCUGUCAAUGAAUUCAAGUCUAGCAUACCUUGUUCUUAGAUUUCUUUAUAUUAAAAUAUGGAAGUUUUUUUUUAAAUUGGCAUAAUAUUUGAUAAAACUGAAUGGAAGCUUUCAUUAGUUGUAAUCUUUCCAUCACAAAUUCGUUUGCUCAAGCACUAGUUUGAUUAAAUAUUAAUGUUUUACAUUUUCUCUCAUAUUUCUGCAUCUGAUCAUUAUUAUAAUAUAUUUUUGUGACAUUUGUGUGUAUUAUGAAGAGAAUAGUUUUUUUUGAUGAUGCAUCACAAUAACAUUCAUUGAAAAAUUGUCGGUCAAAGACAACCACAAUCUUACAUCAGGACUUUAACUUUUUGAACUGCUGUUGCUAGGUCAUCAGAAGUUAAGUUUUAACUGUUGUUGUUAGGUCUUUUGUUAACAGUUGAACUGUUGUAGGCAGGUCAUCAAAAGUUAACCGUUUGAACUGUUGUUGUCGUCAGGUCAAAGAUCUGGAAAGAGAGAACAAGCGUCUCCAUGAAGUGGUCACCACCAAGAACUCCCAGCUGAGUAAACUGGAGUUUGACUACAGGCAACUCCAUCGAUCUGGUCAACAGUUGCAGGAGGGCACGCAGAGACUCAAGGAGCUGGAAGUUGAGAACCAGUCACUGGAGAAGGAGAAUGUUGAGCUACAUCAAAAAGUGAGGGCUUUGAGCAGUUCUAAUGUCAUGGGGGGAGGGGGCAAGAGUACAGGUUCUAAUGUAAUGAGGAGGGGGCUGUAGGACACUGAAUAAGUUCAAACAUAAAAAUAUUACGAGAUUGCUCAUUCACAAUCUUUAUUUUACAAAUUCUUUCUGUAUUUGUGCUUGCUAACCUAUAUGAAAGGCUUUAUAAACAAAUUAAAUUAUGCAAUCUGAGCAUGUUGUGCAUUAAACAAAGGAAACAUUGCUAAAGUUGGUCCAUUUGUGAAGAACUAUCUCUGGAUAAAAUCCUAUGAUCAAAAUGUUUUAUAGCUGAUUUGGAAUUCCUACUUCAAUUGUUUAGUGCAACAAAUCCCAUUAAUGUUCCCCACCAGGUGGCUACAUUGCAACAUUUGGAAGAAAAGGUCGACCUGAUCGAGCAAGAAAACUCUGACCUUGGCGUGGAAAAUCGCAAGUUGCAGAAAAUGGUGGAAACUCUGCAAGUGACUACACAGAGAAGGGAGCAGCUGGAACAAGAUCAUAUUUCCCUUACACUCGAGCACCAGCGGCUGCAGGUAGAUUCACUUGACAAGAUAUCCACUGAUUUAAAAAAAAAAAAUUAUUUUAAUUCAAUUUCUUACACAAAAUAUAUUCAUUAAUUUAGUUCAAACUAUAUCACUACAUGUUUGAAGUCUAUGGGAAAUUCAUGGUGCAGAAAAUAAUUAUAACAUGAUUUGAGAAGGGAAAAUCGGUUAAAUAUAUGGCACAUUGAAUUCAUUUUAUUUUCACUAGAGGACACUGGAGUCCUUUAAGUCAGAGUCUGACAGAGCUCUUGAGCUGGAGGCAGAGAAGGAGGAGCUCAACAGAGAGCUGCAGCAGUUGAGGAAGUCCUUGGAGGGCCAGAAGACACAGAAACUCAGACAGGAGCAGAUGGAAUUUGACCUCAUUGACACAGGCAAUGAGAACCAGGUAAUUUUACUUCUGGUGCCACUUUAAUUUCUCAAUCCCUUUAGAGUUAAUCUGACAACACACUAAUUUCUAAAUCCCCUUACUGUUAUUCUGACAACACACUAAUUUCUAAAUCCCCUUACUGUUAUUUUACCAGCAACAGUUGGCUGCUAUUGGAUAGCUCUCAGCCAAUUUAUUUUGUUCUUUUAUAACAAGAGAAAAAAUUACUUUGACAGGAACAAUGUCCCCAUAUUUCUUAAUUAUUUUUUUAAUUAAUUAAAUAUCUUUGCUUGUUGCAUCUGAUAGCCAACCAAAACCUCUCUCAUUAAUUUCAAACUCCUUGCUAGUGAGUUUUAAAUUGUUCACAUAGAAAAGUUUUCCUUAGUACUGAUGCCUCAAUAAUUUUAUUUCUAACACAACAUAACCGUGUUAUGCAAGCCUAAAAAUAACAGAUUCCAAGAACAUGAUUUCUCCUAAUGGCAACCUCUGAUAACACAAGAAUAUAGUUUCUUAAAAUCUUUUUGUAAAAAUUGUAUCACUAAAGAUUUUCAAGCAAGGGUCAUUUUAAAAAUAUUUUUUUUUCAACCCCCUCAUUCCAUCAUGGUCACUUCCUCAAAGGAAUUUUGAAUCAUUAAAUUGCUUUUGUAGUUGAUAAAAUGUCUCAAAGUAAAGGCCUAUGGAAAAAGACCAUAAAAUAGGGUGAAAACUGAAAGCUAAUGAAUCGACCAUGAUUAUGAUCACAGCGUCUACUCAAGAGUCUUGAGGUGACCACACGACGACUGCAAACUCUGGAGAAAGACAACAUGGACAUGGAGACAGAAAAUGAGAGGCUCACUAAAGAAAUAGAGGCUCUGAAGGUGACAUCCAAGAAGUUGGAGGACAAAGAGAAAGAGGCAUCUCAGCUGGAGGUCGAGGUGCAACGUCUGCAAAAAGACAAGACCACAUUGGAAAAAGAGAACAGGUGAGAGACUAUGUCUCAUGUCAAAGCAGAAUAUGCAGCGUGUAGCUUUUGGUGUUUGUUACAUUGUACUGAAAUUGAGGCCACAAACUUUAAGUAAUAAAGAAUUUUUUUUUAGAGAUUGCAAAAACAGCUUCAGUACAGUAAAGUUGGUAUUGAUACAAAGAAAAUUAUAGGUUUUUAUAAAGAUUCCAAAAUGUUAUUUUUAUAAAAUGUGCUAUUUGUUAAUAACAUGCAAGGAAUUUUUUUUUUUUUUUUUAAUUUCUGAACCGUUUUGCUACAAAAGGUUUUUCAAUGAAAAAAAAAAUCAUCUUAUGCCUCUGACCUUUCAACUUUCACCCUAUGAAAUUUUAUCAUCAGUUGUAAAAAAAAAAAAAUUCCCUUAAGGAUUAUUGACCAGAUUUUUCAUUGCUGAUUCUGAUGAUGGCUACCGAUUUCUGCUAUGCUUAUUAGGUUAUUGUUCUUAUGGUGUUUGAGACCAAGCAUUUGCACCACUGCCAUGAUGUAAACCAUAUAACUCAACAGUGCUUUGCCCUUUAAAGAAUUUAAAAAAAUGUGUACAUUUAAAUAGAAAUAAAUGCUCUGUAGAUCAGCUCAAUUUUUAACUCAUCUCUACAGGAAGCUGAAGCAGAGUGGGGAAUUUAAGGACUCGACUAUGGAAGAGAUGAAUGUAAAGUUUACCUCCCUUGAGCAAGAGAACAAGACUUUGAAGAAGACUGUGGACAAGAUGAAAGAUACUUGCAACAAGGUCAAGGACUUGGAGAAAGAGAACAACGAGCUGCUCCAUGAUCUCAACACAGACAGGAGGACAUUGGCCGCACUUAGAGAGGUCAGCAUAAUUUAAGCCAGUCAUUGGGCACAAUUAGAGUGGUCAGCAUAAUUUAAGCCAAUCAUUGGGAACAUUUAGAGAAGUCAUCAUAAUUUAAGCCAAUCAUUGUGUACGCUUAAGAGAAGUCAGCAUAAUUUAAGCAAAUCAUUGGGUGCACAUGCUUCUGAUUGAUGAAUCCUCAAGAACUUUAAUAUUUUAAAAUUUAUAUUGCUAAAUUCAAUAUCUAAAAAUGACAUUGAUUCUGUUCAAUUAAAUAGUUUGUCUGAUAUGAACUAAGUUCUUAGUAAACAAUUUAUUUUGUGAUUAUAUUCAUCUAUUGAAUUGAUAUUCAUCAAACACAAGAAUGAUUUUACAUUUUUUUUUAUAUUGCUCCACAGGACCUAAUCCAUGAGAAAAUUCACUCCCAAGAACUCAGCAACGAACUUGACCAGCUGACCACCGAGCUAGAGAAAGUUGGCAUCAAUACAGAUAAACUGACCAUGGUAGAGCAGACCAACGAUGCCAAGUCAGUGGAUUUGUUUACUCAUCGCUUAGUGUACACAUGUAGACAUAAUGUGUUCACAUGCAGACAUGUGUUCACAUGCAGACAUGUGUACACAUGUAGACAUAAUGUAUACACAUGACCAAAUCUGUACACAUGUAGACAUAAAGUCAGUGUGUGUGUGAAUGAAUUACUGAAGGCUCUAAUGUAGUACUAACGCCAGCGUACUGAUUACUUUAUAUUCAAUGGCCUUAAUUUAACAUGUAGCUACACUAAACAAAUACCAAUUUUAAAAGACUUUAUUUGCUGCACAUGUAAACAGUUUCUGAUUUGUGUCUUGAAUGUUAUGCAGACCACCGUUCAUGGACCGGCACUGGUCCGUGAACCUUAUGUUGCCUGUCCGCACAACAUGGUCAAAUAAAAAAUAUAAUAAAUAAAUCUGGCACCGGUCCCUGGUUCAUUUUCUAACAUUUUCCACUGGUCCGCCGAACUUAAAAUUUUGGAAACGCUGGUGCAGACAGUUCCUGGUGCCGCUAGAGAUUUUGGUUAUCUUCUGAGUAUAAGUGUUAUAGUCAUUGUGCAUGGUACAGAGUUAAACCGAUUAUCAUUAUCAUCAAUAUCAGCAUAUUAAUAUCAAGAUUGUCACCAUCAUCAUCAGGCUUGUUAAAGGAGAUUUUAUACAUCAUUGGAGUUCAAUAUUUGUGGGAAGUAAUUAACACUUUGAAUGAAAUUUGUUUCAAAUUAAAUUUGUUGUGCUGGCACAUCAUGUUGUUUUCUAUGGCCCUUGUAGUUGAUAAAUUUAACUACUGCUGGUGCCAAUGGUUUUAUUAUUCAAAUAAAUUUCUGUCGACCUUCAGCCGCUACAAGGCAUUAGAGACAAUGAUUGAGGAGACCCUGAAGAAAAGCAGCGAGCUAAAGGAUGAGAAGAUCAGGGCCCUUGAGAUCAGGCUGGACGAGUCCAAGAACAGAAACCUGAAACUCCAGGAUGAUUUGAGGUCGACCAAGAUGGAGACAGAGACGCUGAAACAGAGGCUUGAGGAGGAGUUGGAUGAGAAGGACGGUGUGGAUGGAAGGGUUGUGGAGAGGUGAGGAUUUUCAUUUAAAAUUGAGACAUGAUCAGACAUGACCUUCUAUUUAAUCUCAAUUGCAGUCUGGAAAUUUCAUACAUGUCCAGGAAAAAAUGGAAACCCUUUUGAUAAUGAUGAAAACUAGUGGUAAAAAGGUAUCAAUUUUUGAAGUUCCAAAAACUUAUUUUUAUUUCUAACAUAUCAGGGACCAUUUCCGCUUAGCAUGUCAGGACUGAAAUAAGUUGAAUUUUUAUAAUUAAUGAAUAUUCAACUGUGUUUUUCAUCAUUAUCAAACGAACUCCCUAUGCUUCCAAACACAUGUAAUAAUGUUGGAUGUGGAUAUUUGAAUAUUAUCAGUACACACUGAGUAGGAUGUAGCUUUUUUGGACUCAAGUUGCUUUAAAUUUUGAAACAUUUUUUUAUACAUCAGACGAAGAUGAAAGACUAUUCCAAUAGGAGUUAGUUGAUUAUUUUUUUCAGUUCUUUCAUUUCUAAAAUGAUUAGUACAAUGAUUAGUUUGAACAUGAGCAGUCCAACAGAUCAUCUCCAACAUGAAUUUUUAUUAAAUGAUUAAGCUUACAAAUGUGGUUUAGCUUCAAGACAAAAAAAUUUUUUUUUUGAUUUUGCUGACACUGAUCCAACUUGCAUUCACAAAUAUUUUUUUUGUAUGGCAUUCUGGUUCUUGUAGCCAUUCGUUGCAACAAACAUAAAUUAAAAUCAAUUAUCCUUAUAUAUACACUGCACAUCCCUUCCUCACACCCCUAAUACUGGGAUCAUAUGGCUUAACCCCUGACCUCUAUAUCAACAUUGCUAAAUUAAUAUUUGUUUAUCUUUGUGUAACUUGACAGCUAUGUGAAGUCCUCCAACCCAACCAAGGAAAUUUUCCAGCUAAAAGACCACCUCGUUGAACUGGAGCGCAGUGUAAGUCAUUUACAACAUGGUGAAAGGUUUUUUUUGUUCUUUUGUUUUUUUGUUUGUUUUUUUGUUUGUCUCUUUAAUGAUAACAUUAAUCAAGGAAGAUUGGGUUGGACAUUCUAUCAAAUUAUUUCCUGCAGAAUGCCAGGCUCAUGGCAGAGGCAGAAAACCUGCGCAGUAAUAACACAGGCCUGGGCGAGCACUGUCGUAAAAUGGAGAACCAGUUGUCAAACCUUCAGUCCCAACAUGCCACACUUCAGGGCUACUACUCUAGCCUCCAGGAGCAAAAUGCUAAACUUCAAGUAAGUCUUCUCCCUUGUUAUAAAUUACAGGAUUACCAAGUCUUAUCCCUUGUUAUAAAUUAAUGGAUCACCAGGUCUUGUCCCUUGUUAUAAAUUAUAGGAUCAGCUAGUCUUGCCAUAAGUUAGAAACUUUUCAUGUGGGAUAUUCCUUUUUUUUUUUUUUUUUCUUUUUUUUAAACUUUGUGACAACUUUGCCUUCCAUGCCGUUUUAGGUUAUCUUCCCAUUGAAAAGAGAAAAAAAAAAUCAAAACAUGGCAUACAUUUUUUUUUUUUUUGAUUUUUUUUUAUUUAUUUUUUUUUUUUUUUUUUUUUUUUUUUAAACUGUGUGACAACUGUGCCAUCCAUGCCGUUUUAGGAUAUUUUUCCAUUGAAAAGAGAAAAAAAUAAUUAUAACAUUUUAUUUAUUUUUUUUUUUUAUGAUUUUUUUUUAUGUCAACUUUUUUAAUUUAUUUUUUUUAUUUUUGUUUUUAAAUAAUUUAUAAAAGGUUUUUGUAUGUUGAAAUAUUCUGAGGAUCAUUAACAGUCACAUGAUGUUGUUGACCUCGCAGGUUGAGUACAGCACCCUGCAGUCCCAGGCAUCCUCCACCCUGUCCCAGCAGGACAUCCUCAAGAGCCAGAUGUCACGACUGGAGUCUGACUACGAGAUCCUGGCCCACAAGCACGAAGGCUUGCAGAGCACCCACCAGUCCUUGAUCUCUGAUCAUGAGUCUCUGCAGCAUCUCCACCAGCAGCUCACCUCAGAGUACGAGUCCCUGGUGUCAGAGCACGGAUCUCUGAAAUCCAUUCACAAAUCCCUCAAGUCUGAGUACAAAGCCCUGUCUGAGCAGUGUGAUGCCGUGAUGCAGGUGAGAGAGACACCAUUUUGUUUUCUCAAAGAAAGGACUCGAUAGUCAACUUAAGACUAGACCUGGAAAGCAGUGGCUUUUUUUUUUUUUUUUUUUAAAUUAAGGUUUAAAAAAGUGAUGCCGUGAUGCAGGUGAGAGAGACACCAUUUUGUUUUCUCAAAGAAAGGACUCGAUAGUCAACUUAAGACUAGACCUGGAAAGCAGUGGCUUUUUUUUUUUUUUUUUUUUUAAAUCAAGGUUUAAAAAAGACUUACUUGAAUCUACUUGUUUAUGAGAAGCAUGUCUGGGAAUUUUGUUAAUCAGUUUUAAAAGUCAAAUUCUUUGUAUAUCUUUGUAUAGCUUUUGCUGCCCGUUAAAAUUCAGUUAUUUUAUCUUGGUCUAUAUACUAAAUACUGUAUUUUACGGACUAUAAGACGCACCUUAAUUUUUAAGCAAUUUUUUUUUUAAUAACAUUUUUACCAUUUUUAUUUUGAUUUCAAGUAUAAGACGCACCUGAAUUUUGGAGGCAAUUUUUCGAAGAAAAAAGUGCGUCUUACAGUCCAUAAAAUACGGUAUAUGUUUUUUAAACAAAGUAACUGCGUUUCCGGCACAGAAUUUGACAAUGGCUGUAUUCUUCAGGGUAAAGAUGAUGUCAAUAAACUACGUGAGAUGAUGGAGAAGGAGAGAGACAAGCUGCAGAGGGAGCUCCUGGCCGUGGGGAAUCUCCAAUCAGAUUACAACCGCCUGCGAGAUGACCACCAGCAGCAGCGGGCAGCUUAUGACAAACUGAGCCAUGAUUACAGCGAUGUACUGGGAUCUCACAAGCAGGUGACUUUAAUGUUUAUUUUUUUUAGAUAAAUAAAAUUGUUUUCAAGAUAAAGAAGUUCUCAGCCUGCAUUGUUUUUUCUUUGUUCAAUAAAGUUUUUGUCUUUUUUAUUUUCCUUCAAUUACAAAGAUAAAAACAGAUUACAACAACUUACAGUUGAAAAACACUGAACUUCAAGGGGAGUUAAAUGAGGCCAAAGAAAACAUGUCUGUGGCUGAUAUGGAAUUCCAGAAAUUAGAAAACAGGAUGGAUGUAAGUUAUAGCAAUUUUUUACAUUUUAAAAUGUAUUCCUCAUAUUUAAAUGUGUCAGCAUUUGUCCUGUGAUAGACUUAGAAUCUGUUAAAGCAACAUCAUGAGUGGACUAACCCAUCAAACUCAAUGGAUGAAGUUGAAUACUUUGUCACAUGGAAACUCAAUAUCUACACUUGCUUCAGAAACUCUUUUAAAAUUUUGAACCAAAAUUGAAAAAAAAAAAUACAUUUAAUUGUUUUAACAUUAACAAAUGUUAUAUUCAGAAAUACUAUAAAAUUUGUUCAACUGAUAUUGCUCUGCGUGUAUAUGUUUUUUUUAAAAAGAAUUUCCUUUUAGUAUCUUAAAAUAUAAACUACUAUCCAUGAAUAAUAUUUGUACUGUACAGACCAUUUAUCAAAUCAAUGAGAGGAUUGAGAAUGAGAACCAGGCUCUCUUGAUGCAAAUACAGCAACUGCUGAACCAGAACCAUGACCUGCUCACCAAGGCGCUCAACAGUAAGGAUCACUUUGCAGAAGAGGAGAAAGCAUACUUGUAAGUAAACACAACAAAAUGUCGUAUUGAACACUAAUGAAAACAAAUUGCUUAAAGGUUGACAAAUUUUCUUAGAGGCUGCUUGCACCUGAGGCUCCUCAGGAAGAAGUGGAAAAUGAAAAGCGCUUCAAUUUCAGGAUAAUCAACAUUUAGCCAUUCCAAAUAUUGCCAUCAGGCAACAUAAGCCUGCAUGAGUGCUUAAUUAAAGAGUUAUAAAACAUUGUCCCCUGGAAUAAAUCUUACUUGAGAUAUGUCACCGUCUUGUAAUGCACAAAAUAUGUGUCUGCUUAAUAAGUCAGGUUGGUACUGCUGACAGUGAAAACAGGAGAAAGUUUAUGUGAGUUGUUUGUUUGCUUGUACCCCCAGAGAAAAACUGUCUGAACUACGAAGGCAGAAGGAACGUUUGGAGGAGAAAAUCAUGGAACACUACAAGAACAGAAUCUCUCCUAAAAAGUUGGUAAACUUUUCUAGAGAUGAAAAUAGUAAUUUUUUACAUUGUCUUAAUGUUUGACUUCAGGGUUGUAUUAGCAGUUUUCAACCAUUAUUAUGCUAGGACAUAUUUAAUUACUGAAAAUUAUGGGACAGACCAUUCAACUAUGAACAAAAUAACUGGCAGUUUCUGUGAGGAAACAAGUGGUAUUUAAAUGAGAUUAGAUGGCUUAUUUCAUUUGUCCUGAAUUAUUUUGCUAGUAAAAUUCCAAAAUUUUUAUCACACCAAUUUUUUUGACCCACCUCUUAACCUUAUGGUCCACACCAGACAUUCUUGUUGAAAAUUACUGGAUUAGAUUACACAUCAGAAAAAUACCAAAUUUUAAAUGCAGGACUUGUUAGACAGGAAAUAAGCUUCUUUCACAUGUGAUUAAGUUAAAGAGUCAAUGUUUUUUUUAAAAAUAUAUUUUUACUGACUUUGUCCUAUCAUAUUCUACUUUAUUUAUUUCAGGAAAGGUCUUGGUGCUCUGAUAGCUCGUAAAGCUCGAGGUAUUAUAUCCAGAGUAAGUCAGAUGUAUUGUUUCUUUACUAGUCAAAAUAGAAUGUCCUUUAUAGUGUAAAACCCUGCCAUAUUUUUUUUGGUUGUUACUUUUUGAACAGUUUUCUGAGUUUUAAAAAUUAAGUACAUUUUCAUUUCUCAUUUUCAAAUCAUACUUCAUGGUUUUCUGAGGCAAUUUUUAAUAUGUGGUGUGGUGAAGAGAAGAAGGGAUUUUUUGGGACUUUAUUUACAUUUUAAAUUUAUAGCAUAUAUCUAACAUAUAUAUAUAUUUAUAUAUAUAAAUAUACAUACAUAUAUAUAUAUAUAUACAUAUAUAUAUAUAUUAUAUAUAACAUAUAUUUUUUUAUAUAUAUAUUUUUUUUUUUUUGCCUUCGUGAUGGAAUGCAUUGGUUCAAUGUUCAUUUAACAUUCUAAACAGGGACCAAGACGUUCUAAGAGUAGAAAUAAUCUAAGUGACAUGACCGACACCUCUGGACAUGAAUCUGACCAACCAAGUGAUGCAGGCAGAAGACUUGGUGAGUGGUCUUAUUGUUGUACUUCACAUCGGAAUGAAUUUUUAACUUCACACACAUAUAUAUAUAAUAGUCCUAGUUUUUUUUUUUAAUUUUAAAAUCUCAGAUUGAAGCAGCAAGAGGUCAAAUUUUAUUUUCCCUAUUAGCUCGCAGAGUCUGUCUAUUAGGUGUGUGUUUGUAUCAAUGUCUUUUUGAGUUAAAAUUGCUAAAGCUUCCUAAAUGUAAGCUGAAAUAUAUUAGACCUUUAUAUUGUUCAGCUUUUAGUCCUGUUCAUAUUAUGCAACAUAUUUAUGUCACAUUAAAAUUUAUAAAAUAUUAAUGCUAAUUAUAAAACUUCAGUUUUAGUUGUUUUUAUUUAUUUGCAAUCUCAAUUUGAUGCAGUUUUUUUAUAUUUUUGUCCCGAUUAGUUUUUAAAAUGCAAUUCUUGCAUUCAAUAUAAAAUCUGAUUGCGUGAAAAUGUAGGGAUCCAGUACUGCCUGGAUGUUCACAGGAGAUGUCUUGGCAGAUUAUUGUCUAUUUAUCAUUUAUAUAUUUAAAAAAAAAAACAAAUUGUGUUUCAACAUUAAAAAAAAAUUACAUUUUAAAAUCCCAACAUUCUUCAUUCUCAUUAAAUUGCUGAACAUCAAAUUUUUUUUUAAAUGUUCAAAUUAACACUGGCCUUUUGAGAAUAUCCUUGAGGUUAUCUCCUUAUCUACCCUUUAUAUCAAAGUAAAAAAAAACUUACCUGGAUUCAUUUUUGAAACUCUGAUGUAGUUCUUCUCUCAGGUUUAAAACUAUACUAGAUCAAGCCAUUACUUGUAGACGAAUGCUUGGUAGAAAGGAGAAUUUUUGUGUGUAAAGCCCGUUUUACAGAAUAUCUUUAUAGCACAUACUGUGCAGAAGUUUGGGUUAUAAUUUGUUGCAGUAGUUAGAAUGGUAUUUUAUUUAGAAUGUAGUGCUAGUGGUGGCCCCAACCCUUGCUGUGCUAUGAUCUAACUGUGACAUUUGUUACAUCUCUAGAUGAUAUUAUAAGUCUACUGUCUCUCAGCUCAGCUUCUACAAUAGGUUGGUUGCAUUUAUCACACCAUUUUUACAAAUGGCUUGGGAAUUUAUUUUUUUAACCAAUCCUUUUUACAUUUCAAGGAUUUUUACAUCAUCAGUUUUGAGAGUUCCAGUUCUGUUGAUCAGUUUAUUUUUUUCAAGAUUAUCUUCGUUGAUCUAGUCAUUUAAAUGAAGUGAUGAUUAAACAUUUCAAUUUUUAAAAUGAUUAAAAUCAAAGAACGAGAUACACUAUCUAAAUUAAAUUUGAAACACAUAUUAUUAAAGUUUAAAAUUUUGCAUGGAAUUUAGUUUGAUCACUGAAGAUAAUUUUUUUUUUUUUUUACUUGUUGUUACGAACCCGAUAUUACAAAGUUCGAUAGCUUUGUUUUCUAUGGUUAACAAUUACUGAACAAACCAUUGAAUUCAUAGAUUAAAUGUCUCUUUAUUAACUGUACAACUCUAUUACUAAACUACAUUGUCAACACCAUUCCUGAUACUGCUGACAUUACUAAACCACAACAAAUUACACAAUAAUAUAUUAUUUCCCCUUACAAAAAAUACAUCACAAUAUACCAAGUAUAUUAUAGCAACACCUACCCAAAUACUCUGGGAACCAACAUGCAAUCACAAAAUACAUACAAGUCCUUAACAAGGUGAAAAUUGCAGUUUUCUUUGUUUUUUUAAUUAUAUAAGUUUAAAAUCAUUGCCUGUCCCUGCUUCAACAGAUGGCCAAAUAGAACAUAAUCAGGAUAUGCAGUUUGUAGAGAGCCCCAAACUUUCCCUACAGAACAAAUUAUUGGCCAAAUCUCAAUCAGCCCUCAGUUCUCCUAUUUUGGAAAACACCAAGCCUUGCAGGCUUAGAGGUAGCCCCCAUGUGGCAUACUCACUUGCCUGUUCUACUUGUCUCUAUAAAGUGGCAUGCUCACUAUUCUGUUCUACCUUGUAUGUGUCUAUAUAAUGUGGCAUGAUGGAUGCUUUCAAAUUUUCACAGGAUUUUCAAAUAUUGAAUCACAAAUUAGACAAUGGGACAAUUUACCAAAUUUUGGGAUUCAAGAUAAACUAAUAAAACCAACCAAAAAUAUUUAUGUUUAACUUUACAACAUGCAUUUUGGUUAGUUCCCUUUUCUUUGUGUUUUAAAAUAAUGCUCUUUUGUUGUUUUUUUUUUUCUUUUUUUUUUUUAAAUUUUUGGUUACAAACGCCAUCUGAGUAAAAGAAGCACACAAUUACAUUAGAUAACAAGAUUUAGUUUUGUUAUUUUUGUUAGUUUUUUUUUUUUUGUGUUUUAAAAUAAUGCUCUUUUGUUGUUUUUUUUUUCUUUUUUUUUUUUAAAUUUUUGGUUACAAACGCCAUCUGAGUAAAAGAAGCACACAAUUACAUUAGAUAACAAGAUUUAGUUUUGUUAGUAUAUUAAAUGCAUAGUGUACCAACACAGUGAGGUGAUCGAAAUUAAAGGGCUAAAAAAGAAGAAGAGAUAUUUUAAAACUAAAUAAUUUUGUAAAUUGUAAAACAGUAUGUUUGAAUCUUGAAUUCAUUUAAAUGAAUUUUAUUGAAAUGUCAGCUUUAAAAAAAAAUUAAUAAAAAUUGAAUUGUUUAUAUUUUGGUUACAACCAGUUUUACACAUGUAUUAUUUUGUUGGAGCAUGAUCAUCAGAAAUGUUGUGAUUUGCAUGAUUUUUUUUUAUGACCCAAAUGGGUCUAUGUAAUGCCCUCAGUUCAAUACAAGAUUCUAUUGUGUCAGCAUAUGUUAUCUUUCUUAUAGCAGAAGUUUUCUUAUUUGAAAGCCUAAGCCUAAGACAAACAAUUAUCCAGUGUUCUCUAACUGCAUGAAUUGUAUAAAUGCAUGCAAUAUCCGACAAUGUGCUCCAAUGCAGAGUUGUUUAUUUGUCUUCAUCUUUUGAAACAAGUAAUUUAAUUUUUUUUUAAAUAAAUUUUCUUUUGUUCUCUUAAAGAAAAAAACAAUAAAAAAACAUUAUUCAUAUAUUGCUAUGUUAAAAAUGUAUUAUAUAUUAAUAUAAGAUGUGACCUUUGAUCUUAUCUUGUCGGUUUGCUGCUGCAGUUAUUAAUAAUUAUUUAACUGUUAAUUGCUAAUAUAUGUAUAUCUUAGUGAUUAAUUUUUAAAAAGUAACACACUUUUCCUUUUGAUCAGUUUGGUUAGCAUAAAGCUGAUUCAACUAUAUAUUUACACUAACAGAGUCUAAGAAGAGAGAUGUGUUCUCAUGUCAGUAGUUCCUUUUGUGAGCUAAAAUUUUGUUUGAUUUUGCAGGAGCCAAGUCAACUGAAGAUUUGAAUGAUUCCAACAAUACUGACUACAGUUUUCUUCCAGGUAUAAAAUAGUAAUUCUCCAGUGGUGUUUGAUCAGAGUAGUUGUUUCAUUGAUUUUCGGACAGUUGUGUUAUAUAUAUAUAUUUUUAAAAAAAAUAAAUCUGAAUUAAGUCUUUUCAUCUGAUCUCUUUUAAAUUCUUUCUCAUGUACUAAACGAAAUGUAUUUUUAAAUCACAAUGUAAAUAUCUUUUGUAAAAAAAAAAUUUUUUUUUUUUAACUUCAAAAAUUACAAAACUGAGAUAAAAAUUUAUAGUAACCACAUUCAAUCUUAGUUUUUCUUUUUUAUGUUUCAUGUUUCCAUUGUAAAGGCCUUGGAAGACCAUAUGUCCUUGACGACAGUGAUCCUAUAAGUCGGAGGUCCACGACUCCAGGGCUUGGCCGAAGAUUGCCUGGCAGUGCUUCACCGGGCAGUGAAAUGUUGACAUUGGACCAGUUUCUGAAAGAGGCCAACAGCUCAGACAUUGGCAACAUGACGGCCACCAACAGGGCAACAGAUGAGGUUUGUCUUCAGAAUGAACAACUGAUUUUUGGGCCAUACUUCACUCAUGUGUGUCGUGCAUCACUCAUGCAUAGCAAUUACUCUCAGCCUGGCAUUGGGAAUAAUCGUACCUGAUUAAAGCUUUCAAGAUUGCAUGUUGAAAUUAUGGUUGCACUGACUAAUCAGCAGAUAAAUUUGCAAUUUAUUGGUAAUCGUUCCAUUUGUACCAAUUAAUUGGUCAUCGCCUGCAUUGCUAAUCCGUGCAACCCCAGUUAAUAUUUUAUCUUGCUUUCAGUACUGUAUCAGAACAAUAAAACGUUUUAAUAGUUAAGUCCACACAUUUACCCAACUGUAAAUAAAAUAUCGGCAUCUUCAGUGAUGUACAACUUCCAGUAUUAUUAUUUUUUAUAUUAAUCCAUCAUGUGUUUCAUUUUUCCAUAAUUUUUUUAAAACAUGCUAAAAUGAUGAUAAAUACCAUUAUUUACUUCCAUUACAUUUAUUUGUACUAAAUUCCUUGGUCAUGCGUGUUAAUUUUAGCAGAAUACCAUUUUGUCAUGACACACAGGUUAAAAAGCAUAUCUCACUGUAGAGUGUAGCAGUAUUUUAAUGUGAUUUAGGUUCUGUUAAAGAGAGCCUAAUUUGUGUUCAUAAAUGAACAAAUCUGAAAGAUGUGUUUAAAUAGCACAGGUAAGUUUUCAUGAAUUGCAUCAAAUUAAAAUGUGGCUUUGUUCCUAUCCUAGCAGAGGCACAAGGACUUCAUCCAGCGUCAGAGAAGUCAUGACAGUGAGUCAAGGAGCAGUGACAAUUCUAACUCCAGCUUCAGCAAAGUGCAGCUGCGACACUCACAAGGAAGAGGUGGCGUGUCGCAGUUCAGACCGGACGUACCUGAUGUUGCAGUUUCCACGCUUGCGCCUUACAGCUCCUCACGGGAACUCAACAGCUCUCUCUUGUCCCGACUGUCAGCAGGGAGUGGAAAUGAGGACAGCAGUUUCAACUCCAACGGACCACUGCCUUGUGAUGUCUUCUCAUCCACUCCUAAAACUAAACCUGAAUUAGAUGGUUUUUCUGUGAUAGCUUCUGGCAACUUGAAUGGCAACAACUCCAGUGUGCAGCAUGGAGGUGAACGUUCAAAUGAUGAUAUCAGUCGAAAAAGUUUGUCAGGGGAUGACUGGCAGAACUCCAGCCUGAAAUCAUCACCCUACUCAACUUUCGGACGGCUGAACAAUGUUUCAUCAUCAUCCUCGCCAAGAUUGUCUGGGUCACACUCCUCAUCUUCCUCAUCCUCGAAGCAGCCCCCGCCAUCCAACCAUUCUUCCAGCCAUCCAUCCAACCACAUCCAGGUGUCAGACCAACCACGUGCCCUCACAAAUAGAGUCAGAGAGCUCCCACCGGUGCCCACCGAACAGAUGGCAGCAGUUGAACGUCUUGACAGGCUUGCCAGGCGAGACCAGUCCCCGUCACAUUAUGCUCAGCCAGUAACAACAGGAAAGUUAUCCAUGGACAAUGAUAGAUCCAGAGACAAUCAUCCCAUCUCUCGAGAAGCUGAAAGAAAUAUUGUUAAUUCAGAGAGACGAAGGUCACAAGAGACCCCUGAGCGGCCCCACUGGUCUUCUAACCAGGUGCCGCCUCCGAUCCCUCGAUCUCACCCAGGAAGGGUGUCCAACAGUCAACAGCAGAACCUGGACAACUCUGUUAUCAGUGGACACCAUCCGCCGUCUAAUCCCAUCCUGAUGCAGGCUGGUCCCCAACUGCGUACACGUCCAGCAAGUGCCAUGGGUCCAGGGCCCAUCAUCAAAGGGGUGUACUCCCGACCUCAGGGUGAGGGAAGACCGAGGCAGCAACAGCAAGGGGUUGCCCCUAGUCAGCUAGUCAGGAGAGACACGUCAGGUGGGAGGUCACAAGGUGAUCAUAGCUCAAGCAGCCAUUACAGCCAACCGCAUGUCACAGAAAGACCAAAGUCUGUCCCACCGCAAUUGUUCAAUAAAACUGAUUCACCAGUGGCCAGGGAUGGUAGAGACACAAAAAACAGAGACAUGAUAAGGGAGGCACCAGAUGGUGGUAGGGACAUCAAAGAUCCUAUCUAUCAACCAGUCUCAAAUGUGUCCCUCCUCAGAGAGCCAAGUAGGUCAAGCUCACGACUCGGCACUCCAUUAGACUCUCAGCUUUCGAGGCCUGUACCAAUGCAGCAGCCAUCUCCAAGUGCCCAAUCAUUCCAGCCAAAAAUCUCCCAUCAGCAGAAUUAUGCUGGCCAGGUUUCUUUUAACGGCAGUCGACAAAACCUCCCUGCUCCUCAACAAGCCAUCAGUCAGUCAGAACCUGGUCGUUUGUCUAAGAACUUGGUUUCACUUUAUGAUUCUAACAACAUCCCACCAGGAUACAAGUCUAGCACCCUGGGACACCAGUCCUCUUCUCCCAGGCCUGAUGCUUUGCCCUUAGCACCAGGCCAGCCACAGAAUAGAUCCAGUUUCAACUCUGGUAUGAAUAGUCCACUUGCUGGUGCCUCAUCCACAGUGUUCCAGGCUCAGUCCAGCAUUGGGAGCCCAACCAUCAGCUCACCCUCCUCAACACUCCCACCAGACGCAACAUACGGUAGGAAUGUGGCAUCCCAUCAGUCCAGGUACGACACUCAGCCAGAUCAAAUCCGCAGAGACGGUCAUCAACGGGACGCUCAUUUCACGGGCAGUGGUCACCCCCCUGGAACAAUCCCGGCAACCCACCAAGGAAGUGGGAGCCAUGACUCCAUGGUGGACUCGAGACUGUAUCGGACAUCUAGUGAGUCUAGAGACAAUUUAUCUCUACCUCAGCACCGGGGUUAUAUGCCACCACAGUCCCAACAACGGGGUUCAGAUGGCUACCUGCCACCACAGUCCCAACAACGGGGUUCAGAUGGCUACCUGCCACCACAGUCCCAACAACGGGGUUCAGAUGGCUACCUGCCACCACAGUCCCAACACCGAGGGUCAGAUGACAGCUAUUAUAGUAACUCACAAUCUCCUAACCCCCCUUUACUUGGACGCAGCAUCUCUCAAGGACAGUUCCCAUUGUCACAAAGAACCCCUGUGGGUCCAUCAAAGCCAGAUCAUCUGGCUAAUGGACCCCCUGCCCCAUCCAAGGACCCCCUACAUUUUAACUCACACCAUCAGUCAGUUUCACCACAGAUUCGAUCACAAAGUAAACCACCUACCAGCAUACACCACAACAAUGUCUCAUCAACCAGCAGACAGAUGUCAGCACCUUCAACCCUCAGGUCCACAGGAGACCUAUCAACGCCUGACCGAAAUCUUUCUCCACCCGAGACAACCACCACCCAAGUGACCCCACCUCAGCUGAAAUCCACAACAAAUGCUCCUCAAAAAUCAGAGAAAGAGGGCGAAGGGGGACAACCCAACCACACAAAUUCCAUUUGGUACGAGUAUGGCUGUGUUUAAGAAAAUAUUCACUUACAAAACCUUUUUAUGACAAGCUUAAUUGUAUAUACUUAUAAAUAACACUGAAAACAUACUGGCUGAAAAAUGAAAUAUAUUUUUAACACUGGGAAUAAAUUCAGUGCAAUGUGACAUUAAGAUUGCUCCAGCCCGCUGGUUAAAAUGAAUUGAGGCAUCUAUUCUUUAAAAGUUUCAAGGGGUUAAUACCCAGUACUUAAAAUGAAGUUGAA